AUGUAUUGUUACAAAAUAAUUUUUUUAUUUUGUGGGAUUUGUGUGAUAUCUAGUCAACAAACGGAAAAUUCGGAAAAAUCGGUCGUGACGCAAACGACGCAGACACCGUUAAAACGUUUAAAUGCGGAAAGAAUUGGAAAAUUUAUGAAUUUGAAAAAACUUUACUACAACGGUUACAACAACGAUGUAACGUACGAAACGACAAACGAAAUCGUAAACGUUUCGGAACAAAAAAAAAACCAACGAGAUGAUUCAAAGGAUCCGGAUGCUGCGCUCGCGGGACUCUAUACGGAAUGCGUUUUAACAUUUUCAAUUCCUUGUUUGCAAAAAAAAUUUCUCGUGUUUUUAGAUCGUCUCGGACGAAUGGAUCAUUUCAAUCUCAUGUUCGGUGAUUUUUUAACGGUCAAAAGAAUCACGAGAGAAACGACGAAACCCAUAACGGAAAAAGCAAUCGAAGCGAGAAUGAAUUAUCACGGAUCGGAAGAAGAUUUAGAAAUAUUGGUCGAUUACGCCAUAGAAAGGUUUUUCAACAGUCACAAAUUAAGAAUAAAACUUCCUUUUGGACUUUCCGUAACCGACACCGAAGCGAGGGGUAGAAGUUCAGAAUCAAAUGCCAUCGAUAUCGGAUUUGCAAGAGGUUUUUCAGAAGGUAGAGGAAAAAAGAAAAAAAUGAUGAUGAUGAUGAUGAUGAUGCUUAAAAUGAAACUCAUGAUGGUUUUACCAAUGAUUGCAAUGUUGAUCAAAUUGAAAGCUUUGAAAGCUUUGAUAUUGUCAAAGAUUGCAUUGGUUAUAACUUUACUGUCACUGAUGAAGAAAAAAAUGACGAAAGAUGACAAACAUAAAAUAGUCAUCAUUCACGAUCCUCAUCAUGGUGGAGGCGGAGGCGGCGGAGGUCAUCACGACGGUUACGGACCAUCUAGCGGUGGUGGUGGUGGUGGUGGAGGUGGCGGAUGGUCAAGCGGAGGUGACAGUUAUUCCUCGGGUGGUGGAGAUCACGGAGGAGGAGGCUGGGGAAGAAGCUGGAAUCAAAUCGAUGCUCACGAUUUGGCGUAUAGGAGCCACAACGUAACGAACGCAUCCUAA